CUGUACCCUUCUGCCUGCAUGGCCCUGCUGUCGUUCCUCCUCGCUCCAGCUCUGGCACAGCUAGAUCUUAACAGACUGGACGGCGACACUGUCUGCCCCACCAUGAGAAACGGACAGGAUGACCUACCAGGUUUCGAUCUUAUUACCCAGUUCCAGCUGGACGUGAUCCCGCUGAAGGGAGUUAGGAAGGUGGAGGGCUCCACUCCCCUCCAGGUGGCCUACCGCCUCGACAGAGAGGCAAACUUCCAAAUUCCAACUCGGUUGAACUUCCCUCGGGGCUUCCCCGACGAGUACUCUCUCAUGGCCACCUUCCGGAUGAUCAAGAACACCGUCAGCAAGGUGUGGAACGUGUGGCAGGUGGUGGACGAGGAUGGACGCAAAAUGGCCGGCCUGAGGCUCAACGGGGACCAGCAGGCCCUGGAGUACUUCCUCAUGGGCGUCGACGGCAACCUGCAGACGGUCAUCUUCCCAGGCCUCUCUGUUCUCUUCAACACCAAGUGGCACAAGGUGAUGAUCGGUGUAGAGCGCGACCAAGUCACCCUGUACGUGGACUGCCACCCCGUGGACCGCAGGCCCAUCAAGGAGAAAGGGCCCGUCACAACGGAGGGGGACACCCUCAUUGGUCGCCUGGACGCCGAUGCUGACGCUUCAGUGGUGUUUGAACUCCAAUGGAUGCUGAUUCACUGCGACCCAAAGAGAGCCCAGCGAGAGAGCUGCAGCGAGCUGCCAGCCACAGAGAUGUUUGCCAAUGCUGAGCCUGACCCAAAGCCAGUGCCAGGUCCCCCAGGUAUCCCAGGCCCCGAAGGGCCCCGAGGGCCCCAUGGAGAGGAUGGCAGAGAUGGUAUUCCAGGCACCCCUGGCAACACUGGUGCUCCUGGCAGCAAAGGGGACAAGGGAGAGAUUGGUCUUCCUGGACAGAGAGGUCUGCCUGGCCUACCAGGAUCUAUUGGAUCCCCGGGCUUAAUGGGUCCCAGAGGGGCAGUGGGAGAGAGAGGACUUCAAGGAUUUCCGGGGCCAGCAGGCCCUCCUGGCCCUGCAACAGAAGGUCCUCCUGGGCCGCCUGGGAAAGCAGGAAUCCCUGGAGAUGAGGGGAACAUUGGGCCAGAGGGCACACCGGGUCCCAGGGGUGCUGUGGGUCUACCAGGCCCCGCUGGCCCAGCAGGGCCCCCUGGACCUGCAGGACCUCCCGGGGCUGCAAACCCUGAGGGCAGUGGGGAAGCUUGUCCAGCUGCCUGCCCAGCGGGUCCACAGGGGAUCCACGGGAUGCCAGGGAUGAAGGGACACAAAGGUUUGCCAGGUGAUUCCGGGGUGCCUGGAGAGGCAGGACCAAAGGGAGAGUCUGGACCAGCUGGUGUAAAUGGAGCCCCAGGACGAAUGGGAGAUGAUGGCCAAAGAGGACCUAUCGGUUUUCCUGGGACCCUUGGAGACAAGGGAGACAGAGGUCCUCCUGGUUUUAACGGCAUCCCAGGGCCCACUGGCCCACCAGGAGCACCUGGCGUGGAGGGCAUUCGAGGACGUCAGGGUUUGGAAGGGCCCAAGGGUGAUGAUGGUGCAGGUGGCCCUCAAGGAGAACAGGGGCCUGUAGGACCAAAGGGAGACACCGGAGAAGCGGGCGCAGAUGGCAUGGAUGGUGUCCCUGGGAUUGAUGGAGCCAAGGGAGAAUCAGGAGCACCUGGAUCCAUCGGAAUCAGGGGUAUUGUUGGAAUUCCAGGGUUACCAGGGAAGCAGGGAGAAGUUGGACCAGCUGGUCCAAAGGGGGAUACUGGUGCAGAGGGGGCUGUGGGACCAGUUGGACUACCAGGAAAGACUGGGGACAUUGGAGAAUCAGGAGAGGAUGGAAUACCAGGGGACAAGGGAUCCACUGGGGAGACUGGAAAACAGGGGCCAGUUGGAGCUGCAGGUCCACCAGGCAUUGAGGGAGAUAAAGGAGAAAAGGGUGACACAGGUGAAAAGGGUUUGAAAGGUCAUACUGGACUAAAAGGAGACCAGGGUCCAGUUGGCGCAAUAGGUCCUAAAGGAAGUGAGGGGGAUCCAGGUCUUGUUGGGGAUCCUGGGGUUAAAGGAGACCAGGGUCCUCCUGGCGUUUCGGGAAUCAAAGGAGAGGUUGGAGAGAAGGGCACAAGGGGCGCUACAGGGGAAGAGGGCAGACCAGGCCAGCCAGGACACGAGGGGCUGACAGGGCCCAUGGGAGCCCGUGGUCUGGAGGGAGAGAUAGGCAUACCUGGCUCUCCUGGACCCAGAGGCCUGCCUGGUCCCAAAGUGAAUGAUAAGAAACUCCAGGAACUAUGCUCAGCGAUUGUAGAAGAACACUUAGCCGAGUUCAAGAAGGAGAUGCUGAUGAAGCCAGCCGCCCUGGCAGCACCUGGACCAGCUGGCCCCCCAGGGCCCCCCGGGCCUGCUGGGGCCACUGGGCCGGCCGGAGACACCGGACCCAGAGGCCUGGCAGGGAUCAAAGGCCAUCCUGGCUACUACGGUUUACCAGGUGCCCCUGGCAAGCAAGGUGAUGCUGGAGUGAAGGGGGAGAAGGGAGACAAGGGAGGGGACGGAGUUGGAAUCAAAGGCACCUCAGGAGAACCAGGCCCACAAGGUGCACCUGGCCUUCCUGGUGUCGGAAAGGAUGGCAAAGAUGGCCCGGCGGGCGAGGCAGGAAUUCCUGGCAUGCCAGGUGCUCCGGGCCCUAGGGGCACUUCAGGUGCCCAGGGCUUGUGCGACCCCUCGGACUGUAUAGGGAGGCCCCAGCCCCUCUUCUUGAUGAGUGGGAAAAAGUCCUCCAGCAUCAAGGGCCCGUGAAGCCAAGGAAGCUAGCUCACCAACACACUCCUCAUAAGCCUCAGCGACUACAGCAUGGGUUCCUAAACCCACGAGUGGUGAUCCAUGGGAGUCUUCACAUGUCUCCAUUGAACCCCAGACAGGAGAGACACAAAGGGAAACAGAGACAAGGGAAGUGUAGAAUACUGUAUAGAUCUUUCAAACUGCUUAUCUUUUCAUUUGUUUGUCGUUUAGUGGAGAGAUUGUCUGAUGUGAUCUGGUGUUAUCAAAGACAGCUGCUAUUCAUGUCAAGACAAUCUUUCAAAUGAUGAGAGGCCUAAAGUGCUGGCCAAAGAAAUAAAUUCUGAAUGUUCAAAUGAUUCUGUUUCCAUACAUAUAAACAUGUUUAAGUAACCUCUUUCUGGCAAACACUCCUUCCAUCCAUGACUUUCCUUUGUGUGCAUGUAUUGUAUAUUUCCUGAAAACUCUGAGCUCCAUGUACAGUGUUUAGCAUAAAACCAUAAAAGCUGCAAAUACAAUGCUUGUGUGAAUGGGUGAAUCAAUCAUUUUACAAAACACAAUGAGCCAUAUUGUAGAUUAUGUUUUGAUUCAAAACAUCUCUCUAUCAUAAAGAGAUUAGAUUAUUUGUCUCCACAAGAAAUGUAUUAGACUAUGCGCCACACUAAAAUAUCUGAGAUUAAAGAAUGCUUUUUUGUUUUCAUGUUUCCUGUUGUUUUCAAUAA